CAAAACAAUCUGUGCUUUUGACAUUGCUUUUGCAGAUAAUUUUACUACUUGAACUUUUUUCUUUAUUUAAAAAAGCAGUGAUUAAUUAUUUAAAUAAAUCUUGUAGUAAUUAUGUAGUGAAUGUGAUCAACUCUUACAGCACCACUUUUUGCUACACACACUUUGAGUCUUUGAUCCAGCCAUGGCGACUCAUACGUCGUACAAGCAAGAUAUGCCACCGGAAGGAGGCUAUCGCCCUUUAAGCUUCGAACGUACAUUUCCCAAACGAUUUUUCACUGGUUGGAGGGUGCUCGGUUUACACAGCUUAGGUACGCUCAUCUUCUACUUCACGUAUAAAUACGACUGCACAAUGCACGCAAAAAAUGAAAUCGAACAUCGUAGCGGUUUUAUUGCCUUGACACCUAUGUUAGAAGCUGAAGCGGAUCGAGAGUAUUUGAGACAGCUACGCAAAAACCGCGAAGAUGAAGCUGAACUCAUGAAGAACGUACCCGGAUGGGAAGUUGGCAAACUCUACAGCGAACCAGUUUAUAAAACUAUCCCGGAGGACGAAUACAUUCGCCCUUCGGUGACGGAAUAUUACACUCAUACUAGAUUGAGAUACUUGUUCGAUUAUUUCGGUUUCAGACACACUCGUUGAGUUGUGGCAAUUUGUUGUUUUGUUAUUAUUUGCGGUAGUCAAAACUUGUAAUCGUUUAGCUGUAUUUUUUAAAAAUCGUAUAAGAAUUAUGUUUUAUUUCCUGUCUUGAAUCGCAUGCCUAUGAGGAUAGUUUCCACUCGUAAUUUCUGUACAUUUUUCUGAGUUACAUUGAUUCUAAUAUGCAACUGUAUGAUAUUUAAUUAUUAUACCGGAGUUCGUGAAAAUGUU